CUUUGCGGCUCCGCGAUGGAAACAGUGAUGUUUUGGUUCCUGGUGUUGGUGGUUUUGACUUCAGCAGCUCCACACACACCUGGAUCUCCUCAGCAGAACCAAACUUUCCAAGUUGAGCUUGAAGACCCGGGUAAGGUUUUGAUUGAGCUUCUGGCUGAUUAUGACCCACACCGAGAAGCUGACUGCGGCUGUAAGUGUGCUGUCAGGGUCCCGGGCUGGAGCGCGCACCCUCCGGAUUCCUACGGGGUUCCGCACGCUUGUAAGUGCGCAUGCGCAGCAUCUCCACCGCCAGCACAGCAACCCUGCGAGAAACAUUCAGGAGACAAGAAGCUGCAACAAACUGCGGGAGAAAACGACAAGCUCCUGGCAAUAAUGGACUUACUGGAGGACACUUUCUCGAAAGCAAAUCUGGUGAAGUUGCUUAAACUAAGUGUGAUCACUACAGAGCUGCUGGAGCGGGUGACCAACAUCGAGAGGGUAUUAUUUCAGAAUCAUACUAUUGAAGAGACUAUAGAAGAGAGUGUCCCUCCAGAACCGGAAAUAAGAGCAGUCGUCCCCAUGUCCACACCCCCACCAUGGCAAGAUGAGAGAAAGAGUAACGAGGCUGCAGCUUAUCAGCAUACAGAGACUAAGUAUGAAGAGAAGUUUGUCGGAAGCCUAUUAAAAAGAAAGAGGCCUGGACCAGAAGAUGCUGAAACUGUACAGCAUCAACAGCAUCAUGUGAAGCAGCAGCACCCGAAGCUGAUUGUUAAGGGGAUCACGUACUACAAAUCGGACCUGGUGCAUGAGACUGAGUCAGAGGAGACCCUGGGUGAAGACGAAAGCCACAGUGGCGAUGAUUCUGUAGAUCUGUUUGCAGAGGAGGAACUUCUUCCUCUCAGUACACCUUUGUUGAGAACUGUCACCAAAUCAUGGCCAGGUUCAACUAAACCCAAGACUCCAACACAGGAUAGAACAAUAACACAAAGUGUGCCUAAUAUUAUGCUGGAACAGUCCGACUCUUCUCUGCCUGUCAAGAUGAAUGUGAAUAAUUCAGGAAUUGCAUUGACAAAAACAUUCCAGUCCACAGAAGAAAGCAUCACCAAUCUUCAAGACCUGCAGCCUUCAACUACCACAGAUACUUUCAGAGUCAUCCAGCCCACAACACACUCCACACCUCAAACACAUGCUGGAUUAGAGGAAGAUAUAAAGACGAGAACUCCUUCUCAGAUUAUGCUGAAUGUGGAAUCGAGUCACAAAAAGACGGAAUCUAAUUCAGCUUCUCCAGAAGUGCCUGGAAACAUCAUAGCAAGCACAGUUGCUGGAUUAGAGGAAGAUAUAAAGACGAGAACUCCUUCUCAGAUUAUGCUGAAUGUGGAAUCGAGUCACAAAAAGACGGAAUCUAAUUCAGCUUCUCCAGAAGUUCCUGGAAACAUCAUAGCAAGCACAGUUGCUGGAUUAGAGAAAGAUAUAAAGAUGAGAACUCCUUCUCAGAUUAUGCUGAAUGUGGAAUCGUGUCACAAAAAGACGGAAUAUAAUUCAGCUUCUCCAGAAGUGCCUGGAAACAUCAUAGCAAGCACAGUUGCUGCUUCCAUCAAUCAGUCAGAGGUCACAAUGAAAGCUUUAUAUGAGCAAACCCACAACACUGAAACCAUUUCCAUGAAGAAUUCCAGUCAGGCCAUGGAGCAAAACACACUGUCAAGUGCGACACUAUCACCAACCACUUACAGUCAAACUGCUCCCAUUCCAGAAACUUAUUCCACCACAGAUGAACAGCUCAUGAAGUCCAAUGCUGGGAUGACAGUUACUACUACAAACUUUGGCUAUACAGGAACACCUAUGAACACAUCACAUGUAAUUGAGGGUGAAAGUGAUUCUAGAACAACUGGAUUAAUGAGCACAGAGAGACCGGUCACCAGCACCACUGGCAAACCAGUCAAACCAGCCAAACCAGGCAAACACAAAAAACACAACAUGCAUUUUGUUCAAAAACAGCAAGACUCAAAACGAAAGAUCAUUACACUAGUGAACGAUGAGGCUGUUAUGAAGAAAACUCCAAUACACUCAGGCGAAUGCAAGGACACGCUGGCCACCAUCGCAGAACCCAUAGCACACAACACUUAUGGCCGUAACGAAGGUGCCUGGAUGAAAGACCCAUUGGCUUUUGAUAAUAAGAUCUAUGUUGCUAAUUAUUAUUAUGGCAACAGCCUGCUGGAGUUUCAGAACAUGGACGUCUUUAAACAAGGUCGUUUCACCAACUUCUAUAAGCUGCCCUAUAGUUGGCUGGGCACAGGUCAUGUAGUCUUCAACGGCGCCUUUUUCUUCAACCGUGCUUUCUCACGUGACAUCAUCAAGUACGACCUCCGGCGGCGGCACGUGGCCGCCUGGACCAUGUUGCACGAUGCUGCACUUGAGAGCGAUGAGGCAUCAUCAUGGCGAUGGAGAGGCCGCUCAGAUGUGGAGUUGGCUGUCGAUGAAAGUGGCCUCUGGGUAAUCUACUCUGCGCUGGAUGACGAGGGCUUCCUGCAGGAGGUGAUGGUGCUGAGUCGUCUGAACCCUGCUGACCUGACUACACAGCGAGAAACCACAUGGAGAACCGGGCUGAGACGGGGAAUCUAUGGCAACUGUUUUAUCGUGUGCGGUGUCCUUUAUGCCACUGACCACCAUGAAGAACAGCGGGAGAACCACCUGAGCUAUGCCUUCGAUACACAUACCAAUACACAAAUGACCCCUCGGCUCCCUUUUCGCAAUAACUCCACUUACAUUGCUCAGAUUGACUAUAACCCCAAAGAGAGGGCCCUGUACGCCUGGAACAACGGACACCAGAUUACCUACGACGUUGUUUUCGCAUACGUAGACCCGCUUUAGAUUGGAAUCCUUCUACAGAGGUGAAAUGCUUAUAUAUGUGUAUGAUAUCUGGACUGUGGAGCAGUCCACUUUGCGUUGUUGUAUUAUCCCUGAUAUCCCUGAUAAUAUCAGCAUAUUGAUAUCUCAAUAUGCUGAUGUUUCUUACUGGUUAUUAUCAGUCAACUCCAUUAUUGCCGUCUUUAUUAAAUUGAGCAAAAUAUUUUCCACCUGCAAAAUCUUGCUUCUCUGGGAGAAUGUACCAAAAUGCAACUUCUGACAUGCCAUUUCAAUAUAGUUGUUGAUUUUGAGGAUUCUGCGUCAUUCCACCAUAAAAAAAACUAAACAAAUCCGUGUGCAUGUGGACUUUUCUCUUCAACUCACAGACAUUCAAAACUUCGAUUCAUGGCUUUGGCUCAUCAGCAUUUUAGAAGCUCUAUGUUUGGCCUCCUGGCAGAGGCGACCAGCUUCUAACUGAAAGGUCCAGGAUUGAAAUCAAUCGGAAUUUACAAGGACACACACUUCCACAUGUGGUUCUUUGAUGUGACCCUGUGAUAUUUUGAAAUUGAAGGUGCUUUGCUUUCCUGACUUUACUAUGCAAAUAAAAAACAAACAAACAGCUGUUUUCUGAAUUUUAUGUAGAAAUUCCAAAUAUUAAAUGGGAGUAUUUUAAUUUUUGGCAACAGUUCUGGAGUUAUAAUGCUGUGGAUAUAUGUCUUCAUGAUACUAAUGUCACUUUGUUUUGCACUGCAUUUGCAACAGUUAAAAAAUACAGUUUACAGUGAAAGAAAUGACCAUUAAUAUUUCAGAUCACUUUUGUUUUACUUACAUUGUUUGGUUAUAUAGUUAUUCUGUUCCGGUACAUCCAACAUCCGACUUCUGAUUUUCCGCAGAUAAAAGUAUAUAUUCAUAUGCCUUAAUAUAAACAAAAUUAAUUGGAAAAAGUUUUCGGACACCACAUCAUAAUUUUUGCUGCCAUAUACAGCUUUGGGAUUGCAAGCGUUUUUUUCUUUCUUGCAGAUUUGAAGAUCUCUGCUAUGGCUUUGUGGAUGUUUUCGUUCCAUGGUCGUUUUUUUUUUUGGAUCGAAAUUUGUGCGAGAUAAAAACCGAUUUAUGAACUGGAGGUAUAUUAAAUAAAAAAACCAAGUG